AGUAUAAAUCUGCGGAGACGAGUCCGGGCUCUGCUCAGUUGCGUGUGCUGGUGAUUCGGUGACACCGGCAGCUCCGCUUCAACAUGUUCUAUUCCGGAAUCAUGACCGAGGGCAGCGGAGGCAGGAAGGAUGCUGACCUCAGGGAGGCUGCGUCGCUACGGCAACAGAGGAAGAUGAAACAGUCGGUCCAGUUCAUCCACAAGGACUCCGCCGACCUUCUACCCCUCGAUGGACUCAAGAAGCUCGGAACAUCCAAGGACACGCAACCACAUAAUAUCCUCCAGCGACGCCUGCUGGAAUCAAACUUAACAAAACUGAGGAACAACCGGACGACGUGGACACCAAAGACCGACCACUCAUCUCAGAGCAACAAACAGAGCCAUGGGAAGGUAGCCACGCCCCGGAGGAGCGAGGAGGAUGACGCCCUCUACGUCUGGGGCCAGUGCUCUGGGAAGGAGAUGAAAGUCAAGAUUGAUACGUCUUGUCAGCACAGCGUCAUAUCCUCCGCCUGUCUGGACAGACUCGGAUUGAAGGAACAUUUCAGGUUCCACAAUAACGAGGAGGACAGCAUCACUCUGCCAUAUAAUGUGAACGCCCUCGGACAGAUAGACCGCAUGCCCGUCACACUGGGCGGCGUUGCUGUGGAGUGCAGUGCGGUCGUCAUAGAUGACAACGAGCGGAUCGUCUCUCUGGGUCUCCAGGCUCUGAGGCAUCUGAAGUGUGUGAUAAAUCUGGAGAAGAGCCAACUGGAGGUGGGGAGAUCAGAUAAAGAGGUCAUCCCGUUUAUUGCCAGCAGAAGCACCGCUAAAGAGGAGCAUUGGUACCUCAAGGAGCCUGCAGACACUUUACAGCGCAACUCCAGGCAAAAGCAGCUUUGCAGUGUUGUGCGGAGCGGGGAGGAGGUCACUGCAAUGCAGCAAAGACGGAUCAUCGCAUGUGGCAGGAUGAGCAGUAGCACGUGUUGUAGUUCACGUUACCGCAACGCACACACAUGUGAAGAUCUGUCAGUGACCGGCACUCCUCACAAUCCUAAGAACUACAAGUGCCAGCCCGGAUUUCUACCCCUGGACGAGCUGCGAGUGUUGUGA